AAUUCUCAAAGCCCAAUUUAGUUGGUUUUGAAGAGACCCAUUUUUCACCGUCUCUUUGCCCUUGCAUCGAACACAACGUUUGUAUCGCAGCAACAGCUCAACUCGCCAUUGAAAUCAAUACCCAGCCGGAAAACGCAGUCGGAGAUUAUCGUCGGCCGCCAGAAACAAGCAAGAUUAGAAUCAAACAGGUGUAUGAUGGCUGGCAUCAUUAUCAGACGAGCAUUCUCCCGGCACAAUUUGUUUCGCCUACCAACCUGUGCUCUACAUGUUUGUGAAAAUUCCCCUGUUAAACUUUGCAUAUCUGAUGCUACCACUAGAGUCUUUGCUCUUCCAACUGUGCCUAGUCUUAUCAGUGAAAGUCGCAGAUCCUUUGCCAAAGGCCGAAAGUCGAAGGAUGAAGGGGGUGUUAGUACAGUUGAGGUUCCAUCAAACAUCGGCCCUACUAUUAAGGCUUCUGCUGCCUCACAGAUGGAGUCUGCAAUGGCUGCAUUAUCGGUUGAACUAAGCAAACUACGAACUGGAAGAGCAUCCGCUGGAAUGCUUGAUCACAUUAUUGUAGAAACUGGCGGUGUCAAGAUGCCUUUGAAUCGGAUUGCUCUUGUUUCAGUACUCGAUCAGAAAACGUUAUCUGUUAAUCCUUAUGAUCCAGAGACCCUUAAACAAUUAGAGAACGCCAUUGUUUCAUCUCCGUUGGGAUUAAAUCCUAAAACAGAUGGUGAAAGAUUGAUUGCUGUCAUUCCACCAUUGACCAAAGAGCACGUGCAGGCUAUGAAUAAGUUGGUGACUAAAUCUUGCGAGGAUACUCGGCAAAGCAUUAGAAGAGCUCGACAAAAGGCAAUGGAUGCCAUUAAGAAAUUAAACUCUAGUCUUCCCAAGGAUGACAUAAAAAGAUUGGAGAAAGAAGUUGAUGACUUGACAAAAAAAUCUAUCAAGACAGCUGAAGAUAUAUGCAAGGCAAAGGAGAAGGAAAUUAGUCAAGGUUGAGAUAUGGUGUUAUUCUAGAUUUUGCUGAGGUUUCACUGCGGCAUAACUGCUAGGGCCUGGAAUUUUAUCUGGUCUAAGCUAAGCUGAGUAGAGUAUCAUACAACUAGUCAUUAUAUUUAUGAACUAUUUUGCUAUUCUAGCAAUAUAGAUAAAAAAAGAUAAAUCUCAUUCUCAACCCUUGGGUUUGGAGUUGUGGCGUUGGUGCUGACGGUUACUAUGUUGUGUUUGAUCUCAAACAUAUUUUGUUAAUGGUUGCUAUUCCCCCUGUUGGUAGAAAAUUUUGAAUGUUGAGCUCUGUUCUCAUAGUGAUGUGUAGAGGUUUGGGCGGGGAUAUAAACUCGAAUAAAUAUUCUCAUAAAAAAGCUGAAAAUCAUCGGUAGAGGAUUUGUUGGCAUCACGCCUUGUAUUUUACCAGCUUUUUUGGACUUGAUUUUUCCAUUGGCAGAUGUCCUUGCAAUCUAGAAUUCUCAUGAGGUUCAAAAGAUUAAUUAAUGAUUAAAUUAGAUUAAA